UGCUGGAUAUAUUGCAGUCCUUGAUGUUUGUUUUCAAUUGCAUGUUAGCUUAGGAUUAGAAUUACUGCUUCGGCUUUCUAGGAAUGGAUUGCCUUACUUGGGCACUACUUCAGUGUCCUGGUACUGUUCAAGGUUUCCUUUUUAUCAAUGGCGGUGGCUUUCUUUGCCAUAGGCUAUAUAUAGACUUGUUGGGUUUCCAUAAUCUGGGUGUGGGUGGCUUUAAAUUUCUGUGCUGAAGGCUUCAUUUGGGAGGGUUGGUGCAAGAAUUGUUUGUGAUUUUGCUGCGGGACCUCGGUUUGUUCUCGUGUGUCUGGAGGACUUCUAAAGGUUAUGGCUAGACGAUCAAACAGAGUGUGUGUUCCUUUUCAACCUAUCUUGGAAAAGGUUGUUUCUUGGUUGCAGUUUCCAUCUCCGGUGUAUGGAUUUAUAGAUGCUGCUAAGAAUAAUGUCUUUGUGCGGGUUAAUACGCCUAAUUCUCGUACAAAGUUUAUCUUUUAUGGUGGAGAUGCCACUACGGUUGAAGAGUCUUGUGAUAGAGCAGCUCACAAGGCUGUGAAAAGAUUAGUCUGCCGUUUUAGUGUUCGGGUGUCUGAUUUCACAUAUGAGCGUAUGAAGAUGUAUCAUUUGUGUGUGAAAUUGUAUAAAAAUUUAUGUGCUGAAUUAGUACAGGACAGAGAGGACUUGAGUCGCAUACGUGCUGAAUGCAUCACACGGGAGGAUGUGCCAUUUCAUGAGAUUCAUGUUGGAUUUGAUUUUGUGCAAUUUUUGGGAGUUUUAGUUAGGAAAACCGGUGUAACUGUCACUGGUAUUGAGACCACCCAGUUAGAAGGACAUGGCUAUAUGUCUUGGUUAAUGGUCACUUGUCCUCAUAAUAGUAUUGGGAUGGAGUGCAUUUUCAGUGAUCCUUGUGCUGAAAAAGAUAUCGCUCAACAGCGGGUUGCUAAGAAGGCCUGUUUUUUUAUAUCUUCUGUGCUCCAUUUAGAGAUUGUUGAUGUCAAUUACGGUUCUGUUGCCAAGCUAAGCGCAGAUUGUUCCUUGAUAAGAGAGAGGUAUUUGGUUUUGAAAGGCCAUGUCCAAUGUUUAGGAGGGAAUUCUAGGCAACCUGAGGCUGCUUCCUGUUUGGUUAGUGAUGAAUGUGUGACACCAACAGAUGAAGCAAACCAGAUUCCGGUUCUUGCUCUUCCGCCAACUGUUCCAGCUAAGCGUCCCAUGGAUAGAAAGGACCUGCCUACGAGUGGUGUGGGGGUCCAUGUUUCUGAUCAGCUUGUUACUGGCCUGAGUGAAUUAGCUAAUGUUUACAAGUGUGCUAGGGUUGAAUAGUUAUGUGUAGUAAAUCUAGCUACCUUUAGUGUACAAAGGUUUCAUGAUAUGUAGGCAAAUGUUGGUGUUGUUUAAGUAAUGUAGUGCCUAUGUAGUUCGCUCUUGCCUAAUAUUGAUGUCUGUUUUAGGUGCAAGUAUUAGCUGGUAUUAUGUAGCUUUUUGUUUCUGUUGAUGUACUGAAUCAAACUACCUGAAUGUACUGCUUGUUAUGGCUUCCUUUUAAUGAAAUCAGUUACUAUUUGUGUUAU